AUGGUAGAAACAUUUUCUAAAGACCUAGUUGAAGAUUUUAAAAAGUUAUAUGAAACCAAAGAACAUUAUGACACAAUUAUCAUUGUUGGAGAAGAACCAAAUGUUGAACGAAUUUAUGCCCAUUUUAUAAUUCUUUGUACCAGAUCAACUUAUUUUCGUAGCGCAUUAUCUGAUAAAUGGGCAGAAAGAAAAGAAGGUUAUUUGGUUUUACAAAAACCUAAUAUAAGUGCAUUAACUUUUAAACUUAUUCUUAAGUUUUUGUAUUGUGGAAUAGUCGAUUUAACCAAUCAAGAAUAUGAAGCAAUCUUAAAUCUUUUAGUCGCUGCAGAUGAACUUUUAAUUCAAAGACUUACUGAUUUCGUUCAGGAUUUUUUAAUCAAAAAUAAUUCUGCAUUCUUACAACAAUGUCCUAUUAAAAUGCUUCAUUAUAUUGUCAAUAAUGAUCAAUUUAACGAACUUAAGAAUGCUUAUUUGGAUAUCUUUUGUAAAACUCCUCAUUUAUUAUUUGAUUCGGAUAAAUACCCUUCAUUGGAGAAAGAUGCACUGAAAUUAAUUCUCAAGUGUGAUAACCUCGAUAUGAAAGAAAGUGAUAUCUGGAAAAAACUAGUUGAAUGGGGAAUCGCACAACAUACAAUGCAUGAAGGAGACAUGAUGUGUCAAGACACUAAGUAUGAUGACUUGGAUAUAUUAAGGGAGACAUUACAAGAAUUAAUUAAACUCAUUAGAUUUUAUCAGAUGGAUCGUGAGGCGUUUAUUCCUGAUGUAUGGGAAUAUGUGAACAUCCUACCUAACGAUUUAGUUAAGGAUGUACUACGAGAUUGCACUAUUAUUGACGAAAUGGAUAGGCAAAAAACCUAG